ACAAAACAACGUAAGAUUUUGGUUCAAAUUCUAAUCUCAAAGGAAAAAUCCAUGGCUUUAUCAUUCAAUACCCAUAACCCUGGAGCCUUUGCAUUCGGCCUUCUCGGUAACCUUAUCUCCUUCAUCGUGUUCUUGGCUCCUCUACCGACGUUUAUAAGAAUUUGUAAGAAGAAAUCAACAGAAGGGUUCCAAUCAGUUCCAUACGUGGUGGCACUUUUUAGCGCCAUGCUUUGGUUAUACUAUGCCUCAUUCAAGCCUGAUGAAACCCUUCUCGUUACAAUCAAUUCAGUUGGGUGUGUCAUUGAGAUUGUUUACAUAGCCAUCUUCGUUGCUUUUGCUCCUAAACAGAUUCGGAUUUCCACGUUGAGAUUUGUUCUUCUGCUGAACUUUGGUGGGUUUUGUAUAAUUCUACUUGUGACUCACUUCUUAGUGCAUGGCUCAAACAGAGUGAAGGUUCUUGGAUGGAUUUGUGUGGCCUUUUCUAUCAGUGUCUUUGCAGCUCCAUUAAGCAUAAUUAGAUUGGUGAUUCGGACGAAGAGCGUGGAGUUCAUGCCGUUUUCUUUAUCGUUCUUCCUCACACUGAGUGCCAUUACAUGGCUUCUUUAUGGCGUAUUGCUCAAAGACAUCUAUAUUGCGCUUCCAAACGUGCCGGGGUUUAUAUUCGGCAUAGCUCAAAUGAUUCUUUAUAUAAUCUACAACAAGCAUGAAAUAGCAGAGGAAAUGACUGCCGCCGCCGCCGCCGCCGCCGCCACAAACUCUGACAAAGAAAAACAAGAUUCUGUUGAAACCAUUGAGGUAAUCAUAACCGAAGUCAACAACGAGGACAAAGACAAGAACUUGGAAGUCAACGGCCUCAUUAGAAACCCUAAUCAUGUUUAAUUAUAUUUUAACCCUUGAUUUUCAAAUGAACUCAUGGGGUCUUUCUUGUUGAAUCUCUCUCUCUCUAGUGUUCAAGUUUGUUCGUAAUGGUUUGUUUUUUUUGGUGUUUAGUGGAUGUAUUUGCCCAACUUCUCUCUAUGCUACCACGUAAAUCGUGUAAUUUAGCUAGAGAUUAGUGAGGUGAUUAUGGUGCCUCCAUAAUUAAGUAGGUUUUUGUAUCCAAAAGUUCGUCUUUUUAAUGAAUCUUUGCUCUCGUGUCA